AUGUCGACAACCACAGUUCUCGCCCCGGCGGCGCAGUCUUGUGAGCUUUCUACCUUUCGACAGCCAGAGCACAACGGCAGCACCCCGCAAACGCCUCCAGGACAGGUUGAGGAUGGCCAGCGGCUCGUGGCGACGGCCUACUCCCGGUUCAGCGACAUCCAGAAACAGUCGGUUGCGUGGUUCGUUGCCUUCUGCGGACUGCUGGCUUCCAUGUCCACGACCAGUAUUCUCUCCGCCGUGCCGGAAAUCAUGGAAACUUUCGACACGACACCAACUGUUAUCAACAUUAGCAACGCCCUGUACCUUGUCGUCAUCGGGCUGUCCAGCUGCUUUUGGGGCCCUUUGGCUGACACGUUCGGCCGCAAACCGGUCUACACCAUGAGCACGACAAUGUUCCUUCUGGCAUCCAUUGGCACAGCGCUUUCGCCGACCCUGGUUCCUUUCUUUUUCUUUCGAGCGUUGACUGCCGUUCAAGUCAGCACAUUCCUCAUCUUAGGUUCAAGCUGCAUUUCGGACAUUUACCACCCUAUCGAGCGCGCGACUGCCAUGGGUUGGUUCCUUCGAGGCACGGUUUUUGGUCUGGCCUUUGGUCCGAUCAUUUCCGGCAUCAUCGUCACCUACACGUCCUGGAGAAUCAUCUUCUGGGUACAGGCGUCCCUGAGCGGUCUAGCGUCCCUCCUCUGCUUCUUCAUCAUGAAAGAAACAUUGCAAACGACUCCACGGCACAGAGAACUGCGAGGUCAGGGAGUGCAUGCUGCCGCCAAGACAUUGUGGAAGUCGUUGAACCCAAUCCUCGUUUUCCGACUGCUGAGCGAGAAGAACUUGUUCUGCGUGAGCCUUGCUUCGGCAUCCAUGGCGUUCAAUAUGUAUUCCCUUUUGACGCCAAUCCGUUACAUCUUAAACCCUAGGCUGGGUCUGACCACGCCUCUGCAAUCUGGCCUGCUCUAUCUCGCACCAGGCGGGGGCUACCUCCUUGGUAGCCUCAUCGGCGGCCGCCUCUCCGAUCGUACCGUAAAUUUCUGGAUGAAACGUCGUGGCUUCCGCCUCUGGGAGGAUAGACUCCGUGGAAGCGUCAUCUUGCUUGGCCUUUCUCUGCCUGGUUCGACAUUGCUCUACGGCUGGACGGUCGAUCGCGGUUUUGGAGGCAUCGGCUUGCCAGUAGUGUGUAUGUUCGUCCAAGGCAUCAGCCAGACGAGUGCUUUCCCAAGCCUCAAUACCUAUAUCAUGGAUGUUAUGCAGCAAAAUAGCGGCAAGGCGUCAGCCAGUCAUUACUUUGUCCGGUAUGCUCUCUCGGCUGCUGCGACUGCAAGCUGCAUCCCCAUGAUUGACGCAAUCGGCAUUGGAUGGACGGCUACUAUUUCAUCUUCCAUGGUGCUCGCCGGGUCUGGACUCGUACUGUUGACGAUUCACUCUGGCGGUUCGUGGCGAGGAAACCGGGAACGACGAGCCUGA